AUGCUACCCCUCACGCUCCGUCGAGUGCCCACACUCGCGCGCGCCCUCUCCAGCCCUGUACGACGACAUGCGCAUUCCGCGGCUGUCGAAAGGCUUUUGGAGAAGAAAGACGACGAUGUGGUCAUCACCUUCGCUAAGAGGACUGCGAUGGGCAGGUACAAGAAAGGCCAAUACGCAAACGUGACGAUCGACGAACUCCUCUACGCCACUUUCAAGGCAACACUCGAAGCCACCGGCCUUCCCCCUUCUUCAAUAGACGACAUCGUCGUCGGCACCUGUCACCCUCCUUCGCCGCUGUACGUCUCGCGCGCCGCUGCCCUCGCAGCCGGCAUCCCGGAGACAGUGCCGAUCCAGACGGUGAACCGGCUCUGCUCGAGCGGGCUGAUGGCGAUCCGGACAGUGGCGAAUAGCAUCAAGGCUGGGGAGGCGGAGGUGGGGCUGGCCCUGGGGGCGGAGAGCAUGUCGCAGAAUCCGAGACCGACCCCCGAGAUCUCUGAGACGGUGGGAAGGAACGCCCAGGCGCAUGACUGUAUCGAGCCAAUGGGAUGGACGAGCGAGAUGGUAGCGCAGCACUACCACAUCUCGCGCGCAACCCAGGAUACGUACGCGCUCCGCUCACACCAGCGCGCAGAAAAGGCACUCCAAGCAGGCAUCUUCGCAGAGGAGAUAAUGCCCAUCCUCGUCGGGGACCAUUUUGCUCGUGAGGACGAUAUGAUCCGCCUUGGCGUCACGGCAGAGUCGCUCGCCAAGCUCAGACCGGCGUUCCCUGGCUGGGGGGGCGAACAUAGUACGGCCGGGAACUCGAGUGGGAUCGGGGACGGAGUCGCCGUUUGCGUACUGAUGAAGAGGGAAAAAGCGGUCAAGACGGGAGCGCGGAUUAUCGGGAAAUGGGUUGGUUGCUCCGUGGCUGGCGUCGAGCCCCGGUACAUGGGCGUCGGGCCCAUAGCUGCUAUCCCCAAGGUGCUAGCUCUGCACGGCCUGGAGAAAGAGGACAUCGACAUAUGGGAGAUAAACGAGGCGUUCGCGAGCCAGUUCGCGUAUUGUAUGGACACGCUUGGGUUGGACGGGGAUAGGGUGAACGUCCACGGGGGAGCGAUCGCGCUUACGCACCCGUUAGGCAUGACCGGGGUCAGACUGGCGGUGACGGGACUGCAUGAACUGCAGAGGAGGAACGGGGACUUGUUGUGCACGAGUAUGUGUGUGGGGAGCGGGAUGGGCGCAGCGGCGUUGUUCGUUAACGAGGCCAAACAUUAG